AUGCUCCACUCCAAACCCACUGCCCCAAUCCUGCUAUCUCUCUUCGCCUCCUUCAGCUCUGCCUUGGCACAGAGUAGCAGCGGCAGCAGCACCAGCGACCUCCCCGCUCCCAUCGUCGGGUGCACAGACGUCUCGUGCCCCAAUGACGGCUGGGACUCGUGCACCGUCGCAGACAACACCUUUGUCGGCGUUGGUCUCGCCCGCAUCGCUGACAUCCCCUCCUCACUAUCCGGGCUCUCUCUAGUCAAGGGCGUGAAUAUCUCCGAGUCCGGAGAUCCAGACAGCAGCACGCACGGCGCCGACGAAACCCGCCCUUACAAGUCCGUCUACUACCUGGGCACGCCCUCAAACCUCGACAACUCCGCGCUAUCCGGGUGUGCGGUUGUCUUCAACGACCCGCCAACGCGCCACUUUGAGGAGCCCAAAAUCAACGGGUCUUCUGUGAAUGUCGAUACCCGUGCGGCGACGGGGUCGUGCCCCGACGUCAUUGAGCAGAGUUGUAUCAAUGCUCUGACUCGCCAAGCGCGCGAGCUAGACUACGGAAGAGCCGGCUCGAACUCUACUGGCAGUGGAAGUCCCUGCGAUGCACUCGAGCGGGCCCUGCGCGACAAUGCGCCUAAAGAGUGUGGCGACUUGACUGGGGCCGGUGAUGGCUUGGGCGAGUUUAGUGUCGUCUCGCUGGGUGAUGCGUCGGAGAUUUCGGCGCAGCAGAAUUCGUCUUCGAAUUGUUGGCCUGUUUUGCCCAAGAGUGAUGCAUUGUUGCAGUUUGCUGAGGAUACUGUGAGGAACAACUACACCAACGAAGCAAACCUCGCAGAGGUGUACAAAAUCACCCCCAUCCUUACCGUCUUCACCUCUGGCAGCGGCAACAACAGUCUUGUUGACGAGACCUCCGCGCAGCUCACCUGCCUCAAGGUCGUGACGACACAGAAUACCGAGAAUGCAGAGAAUGCAACGGAUGCCGAUGGUGGGGAGGACGCGGCUUCGCUGUCGAGGGUCAACGUGCUUGGUGUGACUGCGGCAGCGCUCGGUGCUGCUAUUUUCUCGCUGCUGUAG